AUGAGUUUCAUCAGGGUUGGAGUUGCGGCAGGCUUCUUUGGAUCUUUGAACAAAUUUUCAAAAAGCGCUUUAAGACUUUCCUGACCCACUAAUUCAGCGCAUUUUCCCCACACAGUGUUUUGUGAGAUAACCGGUCGAGAGGAUGACAGCUCGGGUGUGCUGCUCGUUGACUGCUGCUUUAUUUUGUCUCUCUGUAUACUGGAGCACAACAGACGCUGAAGGAGCAGCCACAGUAAAUGGAUCCGUUCAUUUGGCUGCAGUGUUACCAGAAGGGCCAGUAAAGCCAGGAGUGUGUCCAAAAAAUGUUGAAGUAGCAGUGUCAGGAGUGUGUGCUGGGAAGUGUUCUCAAGACCGUGACUGUCCGAAAGAUCAGAAAUGCUGCCGCAGUGGAUGUGGACGUCGGUGUAUGCUUCCAUAUAAAGAAGGGCCAGUAAAGCCAGGAGUGUGUCCAAAAAAUGUUGAAGUAGCAGUGUCAGGAGUGUGUGCUGGGAAGUGUUCUCAAGACAGUGACUGUCCGAAAGAUCAGAAAUGCUGCCGCAGUGGAUGUGGACGUCGGUGUAUGCUUCCAUAUAAAGAAGGGCCAGUAAAGCCAGGAGUGUGUCCAAAAAAUGUUGAAGUAGCAGUGUCAGGAGUGUGUGCUGGGAAGUGUUCUCAAGACAGUGACUGUCCGAAAGAUCAGAAGUGCUGCAGCAAAGGAUGUGGACCUAAAUGUGUGGCUCCACUUAAAGAAAAGCCAGGAGUGUGUCCAAGCAAAUACCCCAGAAUAGGAGUGUGUGCUGAGAAGUGUUCCCAUGAUGGUGACUGUCUGAACGAUAAGAAAUGCUGCAGCAAUGGAUGUGGACAUCAGUGUAUGAUUCCAUAUAAAGCAGAAAAGCCAGGAGUUUGUCCAAUGAGUUUCGUGGCAGUAGGAUUAUGUGCUGAUAACUCAUUGUGUUCCCAUGAUGGUGACUGUCCGAACGAUGAGAAAUGCUGCAGCUCUAUAUGUGGAGGACGUGUAUGUACAUCUGCAUUUAGAGUGUAGCCUGGUCUGUCUCAAACCAAAUAUGUGCUGACAACUCUUCCCAUGAUGAUCAACAUCCUGCCAGACGGAAGUGUUGCCCAACCACCUGUGGACAUGCAUGCAGCUAACAAUGUUGACUUAACCAUUGGACUUCCUAUUUUUAAAGUCCAUAUUUGAGGUCUUCUACAUUCAAAU